AGGGACGCACGUGUCCACACAACUCCAGAGUAAACCGGCCACCACCCGCUGUGAAUUUAUUUCGUGCUAAUUAUAACUAUAUUAAUCAUAAACCCUGUGCCUUGUGAUCGUUUUUUUUUAAAUAUUAAUAACCUGUGCCAGUGUUACGUCAAGUGUUUAACUAUCAAUUAUUGUUUUUUUUUAAUCGUUUCGUAUUUGGAAUGUUGUAUUGAGAUGGCGUAGAUAAGCAUACACAGGCCUCUAACAUCGAGGCUCUUAAAACUAAUGGAAGCUGUACGUACAAAAGAACUUAUAAUAAUCAGUGACGACGCAAAACAACACGGCACGGUCAAGGCAUUGUUGAGAAACUUCAGAGUGACCGAAAAAGAAAUGGCUAUCAAAGAGAACCAAAACGAUACUAACAAAUGUGUUUACUCGGUACCCAUAACGCCAGCGAUACAAACAGCUAGAACGAAAUCAAUUAGCGAAGCGAAGAAAGCCUUCCUGAAUGCAACAGUUAGUCCUAAUGCCCCUCCCACCAAACCGGACAAAAGGAUCGAACCAACAGUACAUUAUGCACAACUAGAUAUUAUAACGAAAAGCGAAGACACGAGAAGCACUGGCGGAGGACAUGACUUAAAAACAUCAAGUGAUGUUAAGAGCAAAGAAACGCCAAACGAAGCGACCCACGCUGGGAGUCAUGUUAAGAGAAAAAUAGAUCCGAAUCAAAGAAAAGUCAGCUUUAAAAUUAAAACUGCCGGAACAUUCCACAGGAGGCCGCCUAUCGCUGCGAAAACUGUCACCGUGGCGACCAGCAAUGUUUCAGAGCUCACACAUAAAUUUAAUCUAUUAAAUCAACCGCACAGUUCCCCUAAGCAUUCAAAACUCGCCAAAACAAUAGAAGGCCUACAAACAGCGCGGCGUUCACUCAGUAAUAGCUCUACGCCGUCAUCAACGCUCAGUUCCAGCCCUAACAUCAAAAUAGUGGUUCGUCAGAAGCGGGGUUCUAAAAAGAGAAAUCACAGAAAAAGAUGUUCUAGCAUGGACUCUAUAGACAAAUUGAUAAUCACGGAUAAAGAAUCUACGAAAAUCCAAGUCAUACGCUCCAAAUCUGACGGAAUCAAAGCACCGAAGUACCAAAGCUCGAAAAAGAAAUUAAAAUACUACGAUUCGAACGAACAUCAAAACGGGUCUGAUUCAGUCGACGGUCUUGCCGCUAAAUCUGUAAUUAAUGAACCAGAGAAAGAUAUAAAAGCAACAGGAAAUAAUGUCAAAAGUGUUAUCAAGAAAUUUGAAUGUGAAAUAAAUGCUCAAACAAUUAAUACAAAUACGAUUAAGAAGCAACCUGAUCCAACAAAAAGUAUAGUACCAUUAAAAGAGAAACCCAAAGUACCUGAGAAAAAAUCGUCGAUAGUGUUAACAAAGAACAUUGUCGUUAAAGACGGCAUUCCAAAGAUUAAGACGAUUAGACCGAUUUCGAAUUCUAAUGAAACUCCAAGAAAGACACAGGCGGCAAAUCCUGAUUCAACUUUGGUCCCAAAAAAGAAGGAACUAAUAUACGAUAGAAAAAAAUACAAAACAAAUUACAUACACACGGAAAAGCUUCCAUUGAAGCUGGUGGAAAUAAUUCCCGAGGACAUUGAAAAUACUUCUAGCUUAGUUAAAGACCAAAUAAUUACAAAUAUAUCAAAUGAAACUUCGAUAAAUAUCACUCGUGUAUCGGUCACAACGGAUUCGAAGGCACAAGACGUAGAACCACCGAUAAUUCCCAAUGAAUCUUUUUUAUGGCGUAGGAAAAGCAGCACCCAAAUUUACGCAGAAUCUGAUUUAUCAUCGUCUGCUGAUAUAUCAUCAUGCAGUUUAAUAACUAUCACUACAAAUGAUAAUUCCAUAUCUUGUGACGAAGCCGCAGAAGAACAGUCGCAAACCAUUGAAGUGAAAGAAUCUCAGAUGAAUGUGAACGCUUGUGAGAAGAAUAUGGAUUUUGAAAGCGAUUUAGUUGAAGCAUACAACAAGGAAAUUUUAGUUGGGUAUACCCCUAAACCUCAGAAGGAGCCAGUCAUAGAAGACGAUUAUGAGGUAUUAGAACCGAGGGAAUCUGAAAACAUCGUUGUAAUUCCAGUCAAACAGGUCGAUAUGACAUCUAAAAUGAACUGCCCCUUGCCUGAAAUACCAAAACAAACUAGUACUGAGUCAUCCGAAUCUGACGAUAAAGAAAACAUAUAUCAGUGUCUAUUAGAGAUGAGGUCACACCCUGAAGGCGACGAGAGCAGUCUCCAUAAUUAUGAACUAUGCGAAAACGAAUUAGAAGAACGAACGCGAGGAGACGGAGAUAGCGAUGAUGGAUACGAAUACUGCAAAUCGCCUAUAAAACCUUACUGCCUAACGUCCAGCUCAGGAAUACAAAUAGCCGAAGACUACAAACCCUACAAUAAAGAUAACAACAAAAACUAUGCUAUAUCGAAGUCCGUAAGCGGCACUUCCACCGUCAGCUACGAAAAGAUCGGAUGCGAUCGAAUAUACGAGAAGAUCCCGCCGCGACCUCCGAAAUCCAAAGACAGCAGUCCGACUUACAGCGACAGGCACUCCUUCAUAUCGGACUAUAUCGAAAGCGAAAAUAUAUACGAUACAAUAAAGCAUGGCGAUGGAUCUUUAUCGCACUGCUACGAGAGCAUACCAAACAGUCCGAGCAUGGUGAAGUUGCGGAAUAACUUGAAGAAGCAACUGGCGUCCGCUGUUCAGAAGCGAUUGUCCUUCGAUACUGUCUCCAACAUUAGCCAGUCAACUUUGUCGAGCGAACAGAAAACGAAUAGCAUAUACGGCCAGAGAUCAGUGAUAAGCUUUAAUGGACAAGAAGUGGCUUUUCAAGUGCCGUGCAGCGAGACCAGUGUCAGUGAUAGAAGCGAUCGUAGCGACGAUUGGGUUGAUGUUUCUGAUGAGGAGAAAAAUGAACAGAAAAUUGUCAUUGUACGAGAAAGGAGCAGAGGCAGAAAGAGCCCAAUCAGCUGGUCGCAGAAAGUAAGGCAUCAAUGGCUGAAUUCUCCAAAGAAAAGUGAUAGCAAAGAAUGCGACAGCAGCGACUCGUCUGGACAUCUGUACGAGUCGCUGGAGCCGGCGCCCUCGCAGCCGCCGCGGGCUCCGGUCGUGCCGAUCGAGGAAGACUUCGAUUCCUUCGACAGCGACUCCGAUCCUGAUGACAAUGACAAGACACUUACGUACGCUCAGGCUCCGCCGUUGCCGGCUUCGAAGCUACCAACGCCACCUAGCGGUGGACAAUAUACACUCACCAAGAUAGCCAGCGCCGCCCAGCGAACAAUGAAAUCAAUCAAACGAAACUUAACAAAAAGAUAUUCAGUCGCAAUGGACGGGAAGUCGUUCACUAAAUCAUCACAAAACGGAACGUACGAAGCGCCAACGAAAACGAAAAAAACACCAAUAUACGCUAACUACGAGAAGCCAGAAAUCCAGAACGUUUACAGCAAUAUCAGCUUCAACGACACGAAACCUGUACUCAAUAAAGCGGAGAAUCCCGUGAAAGCUGAAUUCCAAGAAGAGCUGAAAUAUGCAGUAAGCGAAAAAAGGCCGAACAUUAGUGAUGUGCCACCUCCGUUACCGGAAAAACCUCCGCCGGAGAGACCAAUGGCUUCGGCUUGUGACAUGAAGAAGGACAGCGGAACUUUGUCGAGGAAAGCGUACUUUUCGUUCAAAUCCCGCUUCAGAAGAGCGACAUCGUUGGCCGUCGACAUUAACGAUGUCCCAAGCGCUUUGAAGAUCACCAAUUCCACUUUUUAUUUGACCGACUCAAUGGACGGCGACUCCGGUUUCAGCAAUUGCGACGGUGGCCAGGCCAGCAGCAGCGAGACCCCCCCGUCCCGCCGCGGAGAAGGUACGCUCCGCUACGAGUCGACCCCGUGCCUCGCUCUGGAGCGCCCCUCCGUCCCGCCCCCGCCCCCGCCCACUGACAUUAGCGCUGUCAACGAAGAGCUGAAGCGACUCCUGCCGACGUUGGCGCGCAAGGACAAGAGUCCCAGAGCCCGGACGUCCUGGUACGCUGAGUGCGGAGCGGACGCUACUUCGAACACCGCCUCGACAUCCUGGUACGCGGAAGCAGGUCUGUACCAAGCCGGGAACCUCUCGACAUCCUCCGGCGCAUCUUCAGGGUCGCACCCCGCCUCGCCGCUCCCCCGGUCGCUGUUCACGCACGAGCCGCUCUACCAGUUCUAUAACGCAGCCAAAGUAGAGUCGAUCUACCGGGAGACCGGCGACUCGGACUCCGACGGGUACGAGGCGGGCGUGCCGGGCGCGCAGGCCCCGCCCCCCGAGCCGGCGCGGCCGUCCGCCAUGGCGCUGGUGUCGCCGCGCGGGCCGGCGCGCACGCUGUGGUGCGAGGUCCCGGAGGUCCUCAACUCCGCUGUGCUCAGCUCACUGGCGCCGGCACAGAAACGCCUGCAAGAGGCGAAAUUCGAGCUGCUCACCUCCGAAGCUUCGUACCUGAACUCUCUGAACGUGUUGGAAUCUCAGUUCGUGGCUCAUCCAGCGUUCAGGGAUCCACACAUCCUACCACGGGACGACUGGGAGACACUCUUCUCCACCAUACUGCCAGUACGGAAAUGCUCGCAGUUGCUCAUGAAUGAAUUGGAAAAGUGCUGGCAAGAGAACAUUCUGCUGCAAGGGAUCUGCGACAUAGUGCGGCACCACGCCGAGGAGCAUUUCCAGGUCUACGUCAAGUACUGCGAGAACCAGGCGCUGAUGGUGAAAGCGCUGCAGAGGCUUCGGGAGAGACCGGCUUUCGCUACGGCCCUUAAGAGGCUAGAGAGUCACCCGGCUUGCCAGAGUCUAUCCCUCCACUCGUUCCUGAUGCUACCGAUGCAGCGAGUGACGAGACUCCCGUUGUUGAUGGACGCGGUGCUGAAGAACCUCUCAUCAGAAGACGAAGAGUAUGAGGCGUGCAUGCAUGCACUAGCGACUCUGAACAAUUACGUCCAGCAGUGCAACGAGGGCGCCCGCAACACGGAGCGCGUGGAGGAGAUGUACCGACUGGCGCGCGUCAUCGAGUUCCCGGCCGGCGUGCGCCACCCGCCCGACCUGGGGCCCGCCCUGGCGCGCCGGGACCGACGGCCGGUGCGGUGGCUGGUCCGGUCCGGUGAGAUGACGCAGCUGGUGUGGAAAAAUGACGAAUUGAAGCUGACCUUCGGCAAGAAGUUCCACAAGGUUCCCCUGCACGUGUUCCUGUUCAACGACCUGCUCGUCGUCACCAAGAAGAAAGGCGAGGAGUCGUACGUGGCGGUGGACCACUGCCCGCGCUCGCUGCUGGAGGUGUGCAGCGCGGAGGGAGUGGCCGCCACCAAGCACGCGCUGCUCCUCACCCUCCUCGACAACCACGAGGGAAGGACCGUCGAAAUGUUGAUGUCGUGCGGCAGUGAGACGGAGGUGUCGCGAUGGCGCGAGGCGCUGUGGCUGCCCGCCGCCGCGCCCGGGGAGGCGGUCUACGCCGGCUGGGACUGUCCGCAGGUGUGCGCGCUGUACGCGUACGGCGCCGCGCAGCCCGACGAGCUGUCGCUGGCCGAGGGCGACGUCGUCAACGUCACCAGGAAGACGGCCGAAGGCUGGUACUACGGCGAGCGCACCCGGGACGGGGAGGCGGGCUGGUUCCCCGGGGCCUACUCCGCCGAGAUCGCGUCCCCGCACGUCCGGGCCCGCAACCUGCGACAGCGGUACCGCCUGCUCGCGCUCUCCGGGACCUACCUAGGGAACAAGAGGAAGCUACUCUGAGUCUGAGUCGAUCUAGGGAACAAGAGACUGAGUCUGAGUCGAUCUAAGGAACAAGAGACUCUGAGUCUGAGUCAAUCUAGGGACAAGAGACUCUGAGUCUGAGUCGAUCUAGGGAACAAGAGGAAGUUACUCGAAGUCGAAUCGCCAGACCGUCCACCUGUUAAUUUUACCUACAACGGAUUCAAAUUCGCCUCAUUCGUAAAAAUUGUCUUGUUUAUUUGCGUCCUUUCGUUAAAUUCAAUAUCCUUAACAAAGCACUCGAUUAAUUAGAAAACGAAUAAUAGAUAAAAUAGUCGUAAAUAUGUACAUAAUAUUUAAGUAUUCAAAAAUAAGAACUUUGAGGCGCACGCGAAUUCUGAUGUCAUUCUCUUUUGUCACUCUUUAGUGCGAAAUUAAAUAACUUGGCAUUUCCUUGUCUCUUAUUGCAAUUUUAUAAACGACUCUUAAAUGUAUUUAGUUUCUACUAAAAAAUGUAAUCUGUCCUCAGUAAUGACGUAAUGAACCAUUAUUACUGUUAUUGACUCGGCUCACCUAUUGCGUCAAUAAAUUUAGUGAGAAUACAGAAUACAAAUUUUAAAGGGUUCUUCCUACCUUCAAGUUCUACUAAAUUGUCUUUGAAAGACUCUCAACUAGGAGACACUGUGGCUGAAAUGACGCUUACGUCGUCCGCCAAAAACAUGUAACAUAGGGAUUUGUAUUUUUUUUUUCGUUUCGAUCCAUCAUGUUUUUGACUUUUUUUUCCCUACCUAAGCUAAUGUCUUGAGAGAACAUAUCAGCGUCACCGGGCUAGUAGAUAAAUUUCGACUGCUUAUUUUCUCUCAAAAUAUGAAUUCACACUUUUUGAAAAUGAACAGUGAAUAAAAUACAGUCGUUUAAUAAUUAUAGAAAUUGGAUUUGAUUCGUUUA